AUGGAUAAGGAAUGGAUACAUUUGCCUUCAAGGCUUGUACCUGAGUAUGAAGAAGGUGUACAAAAAUUUCUUACACAAGGUAAGAAAUAUGCCAAAACAUGUGAAGUAAUCUUAUGCCCUUGCAAGCAUUAUAAAAACAAAAAGUAUAUGAAAUUUGACCAAGUGUACGAUCACUUAAUUAUUAAGGGGUUUGAUCCUUCUUACACUAUUUGGGUCUUCCGUGGAGAAACUUAUAACCGACAAUAUCAAGGUGAAGGUAGUUCAGGAGAAUUUCAGAAAGAUGAUGAAAGUAGAGAGGCAUAUCACUUAUAUAAGGAUUCCUUUGUGCCAGAAGAAGAGGUUGGAUGCACUAUGUAUGAGGCAAAAGAUAACGACUUUGCUAGUUUAUUAGAAGAUGUAGAAACUCCCCUCUUCCCUGGUUGCACAACUUACACAAAGUUAUCAAUAGUCGUCACAUUAUACAAUUACAAGUCUACUAAUGGUCACACAGACAAUAGUUUGAAUGAGCUCCUUAAGAUCUUAGGUGACAUGCUUCUAGAAAAAAACACACUUCCAGAAACUGUUUACUCGAUGAGAAAAUUGUUAAAACCAUUUGAUUUAGGAUAUGAGAAGAUUCAUGCUUGGCCAAAUGAUUGUUGUCUAUUUCGAAAGGAGCUUAAAAAUCUGGAUACGUGUCCAAAGUGUGGUUCAUCAAGAUGGAAGGUGGACAAAGUCACCACCAAAGUUUUUAAAGGGGUUCUAGAAAAGGUGCUACGGUAUUUUCCGGUGAUACCAAGAUUUAAAAGGAUGUUUAAAUCAAAAGAAAAGGCUGAAGAGUUGAUUUGGCACUCCAACCACAAAAGUCAAGAUCACAUGAUGCGUCAUCCAGUUGAUUCAGUAGCUUGGGAUAUAAUAAAUCAUAAAUGGCCAGAUUUUGCAUCAAAUCCUAGAAAUCUACGCCUUGGCCUUGCAACUGAUGGAUUCAACCCUUUUGGCAACCUUAGUUCUAGAUAUAGUUGUUGGCCCGUUAUUUUGGUAAAUUAUAACCUUCCUCCAUUGAUGUGCAUGAUGAAAGAAAAUCUUAUGUUGACAUUACUAAUUCCAGGUCCAAAGCAACCGGGAAAUGAUAUAGAUGUAUACUUGGAACCCCUUAUCGAGGAUUUAAAGGAGUUGUGGGAGACAGGUGUAGAGACGUAUGAUGCAUUCAGCAAGUCAAUGUUCAAUCUAAAGGCUAUUUUGAUGUGGACAAUCAAUGAUUUUCCAGCUUAUGGAAACCUAGCUGGAUGUGCCACAAAAGGGAAACUUGGUUGCCCAAUAUGUGGGGAAGACGUAUGUUCUAUGUGGCUUAAGUAUAGCAGAAAGUUUGCAUAUAUGGGCCACAGAAGAUUUCUUUCUCCUAAUCACCCAUUUCGUCAGAAAAAGAAGUGGUUUAAUGGAAAAAAAAAGAAAGAAAAGGGAAACCUAGACCUUUGA